GUCGAUCAAAGUCUUGAUCAAUUUGUACACAAGCUGAGAGUGAUGGCCAGAGAUUGUCAGUUCCGAGCUGUCAGUGCUGACAAAAAUGAAGAGGACGCCAUUCGCGAUGCCUUUGUUAGCGGCAUGCGUUCGAGUGUAAUUAGACAGAGGCUACUUGAGAAAAGAUCCCUUGACUUGAAAAUGGCUUUAGAUAUUGCCAAGACACUCGACAUGGCCCAAAAAGAAUCCAGUUCGUUUAGUACUCCUUCUCAAUUGGUAGAGUCAACUCUUUCGUCAUCGGCAAUCUCAACCGAAGAAAUGGUGGACUCAGAAACAAUCGCAACAGUGAGUACUAAAUGUUUCUUUUGCGGAGGUAGUCGGCAUCUCAGAGCGAAAUGCCCUGCCAAAGACUGCAUGUGUCAUUCGUGCGGGAAAAAUGGACAUUUUUCGAAGGUUUGCAGGUCUCGCAACACUCCUAUAACCAAAACAAAAGUCAAAACAUCUCCUAGCCACGAGAUUAAAAGACAAUCUUGUAAAGAUUGUAGCUGCAUUAAGGACUCUACACAUCUAACAUCACUAAUUGCUACUUCGUCUGUAUCUGGUUUAACUAAAUCAACAGUACACAUCUCUGUAAAUGGCGUGAACCUAAAAGCCCUAAUUGAUACAGGUAGCGGGGAAAGCUACAUUUCUUCAAACAUACCAAGAGAAUACGAUUGGUCAGUGACACGUUCAAAGCACAAAAUUUCUAUGGCGUCAUCUCAACUGUCAAGCGUCACAAGAGGCCACAUGUUUGCAUCGCUAAAAUACAAAGGGGAAGUUUACAAUCAAUUCAAACUUUCGUUACUAGAUGAACUUUGCACUGAUGUAGUGCUUGGGUUAGAUUUCCUCGCAUUGCACAAAGAACUGAUAAUUCCAUUCAAAGGUGGUCGACCCGCAUUUCAUGUCUGCUCGCUCAAUGCUGUUAAGGUAGAGGCACCACAAUUGUUUGCAAAUUUAUCCCCUGAUUGCAGACCUAUUGCUACUAAAUCUCGUCGUUACUCCUUCCAAGACACACAAUUUAUUAAAGCUGAAGUUGAGAAAUUGAUACGAAACGGUAUCAUUGAACCUUCCAAAUCACCUUGGAGAGCUCAAGUCCUUGUCACGACCAAUGAGCGGCACAAAAAGCGAAUGGUCGUUGAUUAUAGCCAAACUAUAAAUAGAUUUACUUACCUGGACGCUUACCCCAUGCCUAGAGUGGAUGAAAUGGUGGAGAAAAUUUCCAGGUAUGAAAUCUUUAGCACAUUGGAUUUGGAGAGUGCUUAUCACCAAAUACCUAUCCAACAGAGCGAAAAGAAAUACACAGCCUUCGAAGCUUGUGGUAAACUCUACCAGUUUUGCAGAAUACCCUUUGGGGUCACUAACGGUGUAGCUUGCUUCCAGAAAACCAUAGACACUAUUAUAGAAAAAGAAAAGUUGUCUGACACGUUUGCCUAUGUCGACAAUGUAACAAUAUGUGGUACAGAUGUAGACUCCCAUAACAAAAAUCUGUUGCAUUUUCAGAAGGUAGCUCAGGAAUACGGAAUAACUUUCAACGAAAGUAAAAGUGUAUUUGCUACUAAGAAGGUAAAGCUGCUUGGAUAUGAAAUAUCCAAAGGACAUUUAAAGCCGGACCCUGAUAGAUUUCAAGCUCUGCGAGAUUUGCCACCUCCAAAAGAUCUGAAGUCUCAGAAAAGGAUUGUAGGACUUUUGGCAUAUUAUGCUCACUGGAUACAAAAUUUCUCCGACAAAUUGUAUCCUAUAAUGAAAAAUCAAAUUUUUCCUGUACCUACAGAAGUAAAAACAGCGUUUGAAGACUUGAAAGAAGAAUUGCAGAAAGCAGCAAUUUUCACCAUAAAGUAUGACCAUCCUCUAAUUGUGGAAACUGACGCUUCUGACAUCGCAGUAGCUGCCACUUUAAAUCAGGACGGAAGACCUAUUGCAUUCUUCUCUAGAACUCUUUCACCUAGUGAAAGGCAUCAAUCUGCCAUAGAGAAAGAAGCAACUGCAAUAAUUGAAGCUAUACGCAAAUGGAAGCAUUAUUUGUGUGGCAAUUAUUUUACCCUUAUUACGGACCAGCGGUCUAUUUCAUACAUAUUUAAAGACAUUCAUGACAAGAAAAUUAAAAACGAUAAGAUACAAAGGUGGAAAUUGGAACUGGCAAGCUUCAAGUUUGAUAUACAGUAUAGACCUGGGAACGCCAACACAGCAGCAGACACCUUGUCUAGAGGGCACUGUGCAACCAUGACGAAACAAAGUAGCCUGAAGACGUACCAUGACUACCUGUGUCAUCCAGGUGUCACUAGACUUCUACAUUAUGUCAGGUCAAAGAACUUACCCUUCUCGGUUGAAGAGGUCAGGCAGACCAUUCAACAAUGCAGAACCUGCAAUAGAAUUAAACCGCAAUUCUAUAAGGAAUUUGCAGGUACGCUCAUCAAGGCCACACAGCCGUUUGAAAGAAUAAGUGUUGACUUUAAAGGUCCUUUGCCAUCAGCUACUCGCAACAAGUACUUGUUAACAAUGAUUGACGAAUAUUCGCGGUUUCCAUUCGCUUUUCCCUGUCCUGAUAUGACAUCUAAGACAGUAAUAAAGUGCUUCGACCAGUUAUUUUUCCUCUUUGGAACACCCAGUUACAUCCACUCUGAUCGUGGCUCAUCAUUUAUGUCCACAGAAACUACAGAAUAUCUACAUUCUAAGGGCAUAGCCACUAGCAGGACAACGCCCUAUAACGCAAAAGGAAAUGGUCAAAUAGAAAAGCUGAAUAAAACAUUGUGGCAGGCUAUUUUAUUAGCAUUGGACUCAGGGAAGUUGGAACUAUCACAGUGGGAAUCUGUGUUGCCCCAGGCACUUCACUCCAUUCGAUCAUUACUGUGUACUUCUACUAAUGAAACUCCACACGAACGGAUCUUCAAAUUCAACAGAAGAUCGCCAACGGGAACAUCCUUGCCUACUUGGCUACAGAACCCAGGCAAAGUAUUACUAAAAUCACCUGUAAGAUCUUCAAAAUUUGACCCAUUGGUACAAGAGGUUGAACUUAUUAGCUGCAACCCACAGUACGCCCAUAUACGAUUUCCAAAUGGCCGGGAGGAGACAGUGUCGCUUAGGCAGCUGGCGCCGAAGGAAAGUUCCACGAACGACUAUUUCGAACCAGAGAACGGUAUUCUGCCUCAAGAGGUCGGUGACUCUUUGGAUCUCUCACCAGGGAGUCGCUACGUGCCUGAAACUAUCAGUAAUUCACAGAGUCCCACCCCAAUGAUGUACAACCAGCCAGAAGUCAUCAGUGACUCACAGGGGAGCCACCCAAUGCCAGAGGCCAAUAUUGACUCGAGUCCCGUACAGGACAGUUACGACUUGCAAGGAGAAAAGUCUACGCCAGAGAUACCUCCGGAUCCUUCCCUUCAUACGCAUGGCUAUAACCUAAGACCCAGAAAGAAAUGAAGGAGGGGUGAAUGGAGUGAUCGUUAAAUGAACUUGUGUGUUACCCGUGCUUGUAAUCGUGCUAGUAUUUGUAAUCGUGUUCGCAUUAUCGUAGUCUGUGAAUCGUGACCAGUCUGUACUGUGUUAUUGUGUGUAUCAGUCGUGUUUUAUUGAAAUAAAGCCUUGUUUCUAA